GAUUUUGCUGUAGCUGGACCAGAAAAUGGAUGCUUCCUGCUAGCUGAAUGGGUAGCUGUAGCUGCAAGCUGGUUUUUUGUAACAUUUUCAACUACAGUUUUUCAGGAAAGAGUUAGUAAGGGAAACAGACCUGCCAGACGGUUUCUUCUUAGGUCUGUUUUGAUCCUUUAACUGUUAUCAAAGAGUGUGAUCAAGUUUUUGAUGCGGGGCUGGGUUAGCUGGAAGCUACAGAAUCAGCUAGCAGGCUAGUGCUAGCACGAAAAUAAUAAUAGCCGGUUGAUCGUAAGAAUAAAUGCGCUGUUUCCAGUUCAGAUAAAAGACAGGUGUACAUGUAGAUGGGAUCAAAGGCUACACCUUAAGGUAUGGCCUGGAUUUGACUUGGACGGUGCUGGUUAUGGCAGAAGGGACGGACACUGGCGAGAUGCCCUCCUUUGAGCCAAGUCCCAGUUCUGAAGCAAAAAAGAGACAUAUUUCUUCUGAUGGCAGAGAGGAGCCCAUGAGAAAAAUGCCUUUGACAAAAUUUGGUUCCAGACCUCGAUUUGAGCCUGUGCACUUUGUAAGCGGUGGGAGCAGUGGAGGAACCUACACUGAUGAGAAGGAGAACGAUAAGGAGCGCAGGAGGAGCGAGCUGUACAGUCCAAGGGACUCUGAACACUUUUCGUACAAUAGCAGCAGCAGAGCACAGGGAUCCUCCUCAAUGAGGCCCGCUUUUGACAGAGUGCCAUCAUACACAUCUGACUCCUGGGGUUCCCACAGGGACAGAGAAAGAGACCGAGACAUUUCUUCAGGUAGUGGGUUGGGUUAUGGAGGUCGUGGGUCGUCGUCAAACUUCUUGGCAAAAACACAGCAGGAGUACACAGCAAAAUAUGAAGCCCAAAACUUUCGGAGUUCGGACUCUUACUCUCAGCCGCCCAGGUACAAUGGGUACGGGGGAGGGGGGCGAUCGGGAGGCUGGGAUUCAGGACGUCAGGGUUUGGGCUACAGCCAUCAAGACAGGCCGUCAUCGAGCAGGCUGUUCAGCAGAGUCUACAACAGCCCGGGGAGGACCAGUCCUAAUGUUUCUCAGUCGGGCUCUUCAUUGCAGCCUCUUGCAAUAUCUCAGCCAACAUUAGAUGAGAAGCAAAGGCUGAUUGCCAAUGUAGCAUCUGCACUGGCUGUUGCUUUUAGGGACCCUAUGUACAUGACUGGAAGUGACUCACCAAACUAUAAUUUCAUGUUGAGCCGUAGCAUCCAGGCCUGCAAAACCAACCCUGAGUAUAUUUAUGUGAGCCUGAAGGAUAUUCCUCAGGCUGAUCUACCAAAGAACAAGAAAGUACCGACAGACGGCUACGCCUGUGAACUGAGAUGCCAGGGUGUGUAUCUUGCUACCGGAUACUCCGGAAGUAAAAAUGGGGCAAGAGACAGAGCCUCUGAGCAGGCUGUAAAACUUUUCCUGAAACCAGUCGAGGUUCGUGUCGUGCAGCGUAAAUUCAGACACACUGUAGUUAAUGACAUGGUCGUGUGCCAGCUACACAGCCCGACACCAGCAUUUUUGCCUGCACUCCGCAACCCGGAAGAUAAGCCGACACCUAGCUCCAAGGGCCAGUACGAGCCUGACAAGCGUAAGCACUGGACAGAGUUUGUGGUGUUGGACAAUGCUCACGACGCUAUCUGCAUACUGAACAACUCUGCAGCUUUUAAUCGCAUGAUGAUAGACUAUAAAUUCGAUCUGCUACCCAACAGCAGUACAUGGCUGUGCAGCGUUUUCCUGCAGAGCGAGCUGGUGGCACAGGCGAUGGGCACCAAAAAGAGCUCUAAGCAUGCAGCAGCGCAGGAGGCGGUCAGGAAACUUCGCCUGAACCAAGCGCAACGGCAGCAGCAGCAGCAGAUGCAGCAGCAGCUGCAGCAGCAACAACAGCCGCAGUCUCAGUACUCCAGAGGAAAUAUUCAGUCAGAUUCUGGUGGACGAUUCGGGCAGCAAGGUGGCAAAAAGAAGCUGAGCGAGCUGGUUAUCCUGGAAAACUCUGACAAUGCAAUCUGCAUUAUUAAUGAUACCGCUCAGUUUAAUAAAGUGACUGCUGAUUACAAGUUUACAGUUCUGCCCGAUCAUCGCUGGAAGUGUGAAGUUUACUUAGAAGGACAGUAUGUCGCAGCAGGAAUUGGGCCAAAGAAAAUAGUGAAGCACAUUGCAGCGUUGGAGGCUUUAGCCACACUGAGACAGACGCAGGCUGUGGUCAAAUCCAACUUAAGAAAGGAGGGUCACAGCGACGCCAUAUCACGUUCUCAGAUCAUGGGUCGCUCAGGCGAAGAGGCCACGAGGCAGGAGAUAAAGGAAGACAACAUUGGAAACCAGCUGCUCCGGAAGAUGGGCUGGAAAGGAGGCGGUCUGGGCCGCGACGGGGAAGGAAUUGCGGAGCCAAUCAGAGUGAAGGAGCAGUUCUCGAGAGAGGGUUUGGGUAUGGACACGGAUAAAACCGCAAAUCAGCUCAGCAAGCGCGACAUCGAGGACAUCAUUCGGAACUACGCCAGUUCAGACCGCCAGGACGACCUCCGUUUCUCCACUGACCUCACCAAUGACGAACGCAAACAGAUCCACCAGAUAUCGCAGAAAUACGGGCUGCGAAGCAAGUCUUACGGACAGGGACGGCAACGCUUCCUCGUCGUCAGCCGCAAAGUACACAAAGACCAGCUCAUUGGUCAACUUCUACAGGAAGGACAGGUGGGCCGAUAUGAGCUUGUGAAACCUCAGGCCUCACACUAAUUUGCAUGAUGAGAAAAAUCGUAUAUUUUUUUUUUUAAAGGACGCAUUCAUCGUCUUGGACUUGAAGGCAAACCGCACUCAAGCGUACCUGCUGUGUUUGUACUAUGUUACAAAUUUCCAGCACAUGUUAAUAAAUGAGAAUCUUUCAGGUAUCUCUGGUGGUUUCAGCAUUCCUUUGCCAUGAACUAUAUUUUAGCUCUAACAGGGGCUGUAGGAUGGAUUUUGUCUUUUUGUCUCUCCUGCUUUUCCACAUGAGCUUGUGGUCAGUGCAUUGUGGUAUCAUAUCCUAAUGACGCUCCUGUUAAUGCAAUUCUUUCCAGUUUAAAAAAACAAAUUUAGGCUUUUGUCACCUUUUGUUUUGUUCUGUGACUAUUUAAGAAACCUGGCAGAAUAUGCAGCUUUUCUCACUGCUUGUUUGUGAACAUUGGUAGACAGUUAACUCAUCAAAGACAAGGAUUAUAGCGGCAUUAACAUCAAACUGUAGCUAGGUGCUCAUACCAGUCUCACUGUAGUAAUAAGGCAUCUGUAUUCAGCAAUACCUGCAAUGUUGUUUGCUAUUUCAGAACAUGGAGAUCAUUUUACAAGUACAAGAGCUGCAUCCAUGAGCAGAAAGUCUUCACAUUGUAAGCUGUGAUCUUUGUUAAUGUCAGAUGUGUUGGUUUAUGUGAGUACAGUCAACGUGUCUGCUUGUUUUCACAGCUGUAAUGACUGAAUAAAUUAAAACUGAGA